CAUCAAAACAAUUGCAUGGUAGAGAAACUGUCUGACAGCGAGACAUUUUUACAGCAACUAUGCCUGGCUCUGAUAAAGAAACAGACCUGACAGAGAGGAUAGAGGCGUUUCUGUCCGACCUGAAGCGAGGAGGCAGUGGGACGGGACCGCUGCGGGGCUCCGGGGAGACAGCCCGAGAAACGACCGCCCUGCUCCGUAGAAUCACAGCCCAGGCUCGGUGGAGCAGCGCAGGUGAUCUUAUGGAAAUCAUCCGGAAAGAGGGGAGGAGAAUGUCAGCUGCUCAGCCCUCAGAGACCACCGUCGGUAACAUGAUCAGACGAGUGCUGAAGAUCAUCAGAGAGGAGUAUGCCAGAUCUCGAGGAAGCAGCGAAGAGGCAGACCAGCAGGAAUCUCUCCACAAGCUGCUGACCUCCGGAGGUCUCAGCGAGGACAACUUCCGAAUGCAUUUUGCUCCUCUUAAAGCCAACGUUAUCGAGGCCAUCAAUGAGUUGCUGACAGAAUUGGAGGGAACAACUGACAACAUUGCAAUGCAGGCCCUGGAGCACAUCCAUUCUAAUGAGGUCAUCAUGACGAUCGGCCGCUCUCGCACCGUGGAGGCCUUCCUUAAAGACGCUGCACGCAAACGGAAGUUCCAUGUCAUUGUGGCAGAGUGCGCCCCUUUCUGCCAGGGGCACAAAAUGGCAACCAGUCUCUCAAAAGCUGGCAUCGAGACGACCGUGAUUGCAGACGCCGCCAUAUUUGCAGUCAUGUCUCGCGUUAAUAAGGUCAUCAUUGGUACGCAGACGGUUCUCGCCAACGGAGGACUGAGGGCCGUCAAUGGGACACACACCCUAGCUCUCGCAGCCAAGCACCACUCGACGCCUCUCAUUGUUUGCGCUCCCAUGUUCAAGCUCUCACCUCAGUUUCCAAAUGAAGAGGAUACCUUCCAUAAGUUUGUCUCUCCACACGAGGUGCUUCCUUUCACUGAAGGUGAGAUUCUCUCAAAGGUGAAUGUACACUGUCCAGUGUUUGACUAUGUCCCACCUGAGCUCAUCACGCUGUUCAUCUCUAACAUCGGAGGACAUGCACCAUCAUACAUCUACCGACUGAUGAGCGAACUCUACCACCCGGAAGAUCAUGAGCUCUAACCGCUGUAGUUAACGAAUAAAUUAAAUUAAAUGCA